AGAGAAGAGAGAGAGUGACGGAGGGGUUUCUGCAAUGGAGGACUCUCACUCUCACUCUGUCAGCAAUGGACGGAGUGGCGCCUCUUCUUGGUGGCGCGCGGUGAAGCCAUUUGCUAAUGGAGGAAUGGCUCGAGUGCUCCAGGCCCUCCUCCACGAGAUGAUCGCACGUCACCAUCCGGCAAAGAUCAACCUUGACAAGGUACCCGGCAGGAUGAUCCUGGCUUCUCUACCUGACGCGGUGAUGUUUGGCUCAUACGAGACUCUCAGGAGAAAAGCCACAUCUGCCAAUGGAGGCGUGCCUUUGCUUUUCUAUCAGGAAGCAGCAUGUGGGAUACUUGCGGCAACAUCCGCAUCGUUAGUCUUCAUUCCGAGGUUUGAAAUAGAAAAGCUCAUUGUGGCUGAUGCGGCCUUACCGGCUGUGCAACGUGUGAAUUAUAAAAGCGCCGGUCAUGCGAUCUCUUGGAUUGUUGCGAAAAAGGGAAUCUCAGGGCUGUGGAAGAGUCAAUAUCGGGUGACAUUGUGCACGUUACAUUUCACGACCUUCCUCCUGUCAUAUAACCAAUCGUUCUGUUAUUUCAAGGAUUCCGUUCGCUUUGACGAAUCAUGUGCACGCUUAGGGGCCUCUGUGGUUUCCGGUCUCGCUACGCCGAUCUGCUGUACUCCGUUUAGAAAUUUCGUUGGCUUCAUGCAAUCCAUCAAAUCCCAGGCAGUUCAGAGGCCUCGUCCCAUUAGCUCCAUCGAUUGUGCCUUAAACAUGCUGAAGUUCGGAGGACAUUUCAAAUUCUUCACCGGUCUCUCUGGUUAUCUAUUGGCUUGGUCACCUUUCCUUAUGACCAUGUCCGUAUUCCGAGACAAGCUCCAGGAAAUGGAGGAGCUCAAUGGAUGGUAAUUCUGGCAACUCCCACGCCCAGUUUUGGCUCCUUCGCCUGCAUACUUAUCCUUGACCGACUGCUCUGUUUUAACUGAUACUAAUUGGAACUUCGACAAUUGUUGCCAGAUUUCUAUAUUUCCAAGACAGGGUCUUUUCGAUCUGCAUCUUGCUGCAGUAAAUUAGGUGCGAUCGAGCUUGAUGUAGCUCCUUUAUCCUUCGAUUUAGUCGCCUACAUGUGACAUAUAACAUUUGAUAGAUAACAUGCAACUAGGCCUAUCGUGAGAGAGUUCAACAAUGCAAAUGAGUACAUUCUGGUUGUCUCCGCGAGACCAGGCAACGGCAACAUGCAUAUGACAUUGCAAUGUUCCAGGGCACUCAGUUGCCGCACUCCUGGGAUACUCGUGUCUCCGAUGCUCUCUGUUUACAUGCUCUCGGAGUAUUGCUCUCUGUUCAUCUCGACCGGCACAUCCAUAUUGCACUUCAUAACAGUUCGAUUUCAUACGCCCGGUAAGUUAGAUACACUGCGAGCAAUGCUUUUGAAGUGACCAAUACACCCUAUAAUC